CUUGCCAUAACAAAAAAUGUCACAUGUAUACAUGAAUGAAAUUUGAGAUUUCGUUUUCAUGUAAAAAUAGAUGUAAUUUUUAUAUAUGCCGGCCGACCCUUGUAAGAAAUUCGCUUGUGAGAUCCAGAGAUGCCUUUCCGAAAAUAAGUUUCAAGAAGUGCGUUGUGCCCGAGUCUUCGAGUCUAUGCGACAGUGCUGCCUCAAGUUCAAGCACAUAUCGCUGGUAUGCGAGGGUUACCGCCUCGAGCCGAGAGAGUUUGCGCCUGUUACAGACAGGCCUGAUAAGAAUUAGAUAAUUAUGGAAAAUCCUCGUCGCAGUAAGACAUUGGGUAAACGAAGUUGGAUCUUUAAAUAUCCGAGGACAUUUCAAAUCACAUUUACGACUUUGGGAAUAGCUAUAUUUUUUUCUAAGCCUCUGUACGAUUGCUUUAUAAGACCAAGAGAAGAGUUUGACUUUACCGAGCCACCGACCACGUUCAAGAGACAAAUACAAAGUGGUAACUAAGUAUGGAAUCAGUUAUUAAAGCGCGGGAACGUUUGGCAAAAUAUCCUUUAAUAUUCGUCAAGUGUUCCAAACAGAGUGCACUGUAUGCGCGUUGUGUAUUACUUAAAGACGAAGUUAAAAAGGACGACUGUGCUCAAGAGUUUAAAGAAUUCUACAUUUGUUUACAAUCCGCAGCAAAAGAAUUAAAAACGAAAAUUUAAAAUGGACGUUCUUAAUGACGUCAUCAAUUUGCCAUUCAGCUAUCAUUUGAUAGCGGGAUUGGCAAUACGAUUAGGACUUAUUGUCUAUGGUGAUUACCAUGACAAUUAUUAUGAUGUUGCCUACACUGAUGUAGAUUAUAAAGUGUUUACGGAUGCCGCUAGACAUGUUUUGGCGGGUAAAUCCCCUUACGCGCGUCACACUUAUAGAUAUAGCCCGAUCAUUGCUUACCUUUUGAUACCAAAUAUUAUGCUACAUAAAGAUUUUGGUAAAAUUCUCUUUUCAGUCUUUGAUAUACUUUUAACUAUAAUUUUGAAGACAUUAGUUGAAAAUCAAUUGAAGUCCAAAGAAGGUGGAAGAAUUUCUAAUUAUUGUUCAUAUUUUUGGCUUUACAAUCCAUUGAGUAUCGCAAUUUCUACAAGAGGUAACGGUGAUUCUGUGUCCUGUUUCUUUAUUAUACUAUCGAUAUUUUUCUUGCAAACAGAUAAGGUGAAGAGUUUAAUUAAAUACGUCUUAUCCGGAAUAUUAUUAGGUAUUUCAAUACAUUUAAGAAUAUAUCCUUUAGCUUUCAGUUUUCCUAUGUACCUUUCAUUGUGCGAGUACAAAAUAAAUCGAAACACAGAUCUUAAAACAGGAUUUCUUGCACUAUUGCCCAAUAAAAAACAAUCGCUUUUAGCAUUAAGUUGCAUUUCCACCUUGGUUAUAAUGACAUAUUCAAUGUUUUUAAAAUAUGGCUAUGAAUUUCUAUUCGAAACUUAUAUUUAUCAUUUAUUCCGAAAGGAUACGAAACAUAAUUUUUCAGUCCUUUUCUAUUACUCCUAUCUGACAAUGGACGAAUUGAUAUUAGAUGUAGUGAAACAUAUUUCACAGAUAUUCGAGUUAUUUAUAUUGUUUGUGAUAAGUUUAUCUUUUGGUUGUGAAGCGAAAACUUUGCCCUUUGCCUUAUUCUGUCAAUCUGUUAUUUUGGUCGCGUUCAAUAGCGUGAUGACGUCACAAUAUUUCAUUUGGUUCCUGUCACUUUUGCCAUUGGUAGUCCAUAAUCUAAGAUUAAAACCAUUUGUUGCUUUAUUAUUGUCUAUAAUAUGGUUCAUCGCACAAGGUGCAUGGUUAUUUUAUGCAUAUUUAUUAGAAUUUAAAUGCCGAGAAAUAUUUAUAUUAAUCUGGCUGAAAGGUAUUGUUUUCUUUUGCGCAAACAUUUUUAUAUUGGUACAGAUUAUAAAAAGUUACUCGCCCGAAUAUCGGUUUGGCAUAAUCGAUUAUCCUUGUGGUGUGAAAAAUAAAUAAUUCAUUAUUAAAGUAGUUGUAAUAUUUUGUGAUUUCUAGUAUAGUUUGUUCUUAGUAGUUUUAGUGAUUGGAAAUGAAAUAAAAGAUAAAACUUG